CUACUGUAACACAAGAAAAGGUAUAUAUAGACCUCUCCAAUCAUGUGUUCGUGCCCGCACUGAAUAAUUAAAUCAGUCAUGGCUGGGAAAUGUACAGGCAUGUUGAGAAUCGUUCUGUUUCUAAUUCUGCACAACAGCGCGGAUGCGCUUAGCCAAACAGAAAUUCGUCGAUGCAUCAGUUCUCACAACAAAUUACGGGCUCUUCACACCAACACAAACCCGUUGGAAUGGGAUGAAGGAAUCGCUGUUCUUGCGCAGAGAUACGCAGAAAAACUUUUAGCAGAUCACCGAGGUCGAAGAAAAACAUAUCUGGUUCAUGAUACCACAAGAAAUGGGCUUGGUGAAAAUCUCUACUGGUCAGACAACAAAAAUAUGGCCACUUGUGCUCAGGCCAGCUUAGCUUGGUACGUAGAGAUUGAAGAUUACGACUACACAACAGCACGUACAAAAAAUGGCAAAGCAGUUGGCCAUUUCACCCAACUUGUUUGGACGGACACGACAAAAUUUGGAGUCGGCAUAGCAUCGGGAAAAAGUCGUAUUUAUGCCGAUUAUGGUAACGUUGAAACAUUCAUUGUCGCAAAAUAUGCACCGCGCGGAAAUUUUCAUUACACUGGGGAAAGAUUGCAAACAUAUACUGAGAAAGUUCAACCACGAAUUGCUGGAGCUGUGACACCAUCUUUAUUCGAAUUGGAUCCAUCCAUGGCAACUGUUGCUAACCGACCAUGUAUUGACAAGUACGGUCAAACUCGAUGCUACAACUUUAUGUAUAAUUGGGGAUACAGCUGCGAAGGAAAAUACGCGAAAUUGUUUGAGAAGAACUGUUAUAAAACAUGUGGAUAUUGUUAAAAAAAUUGCUGAUACAAACUUGUAAAAAAUUCUUCUUGCAAACCGAUUGUACAAUAAAAACGUAAGCACAAUAAAAAAAAUAA